AAGUCUCUACGAUAAAGUAAGUGAAUAGAAAAGGGUCUUUUGAAAGUUUCUAGGGGGCGCCCUUGAGCAGUUUCUUGUGCGAUUUUUGCGGUGACUUUAAAAUACGUAAAUUUUCACCAGGCUCUAUGAGCCCGCCAAGUUUGGUGAGUUUUUGAAUAUGAUAAAGCCCCCAAAAAGCCAAUUUACUUUACGGAAGAAGAAGAAUAAUUUACAGCACGAUUCCAAUAGGCCUUCGCAGCGCUUAGCUGCUCGGGCCUAAAAAUACACAAGUCCCUAAUUACAUUACUGAUCAUAAUAAAAAUGCUACUUAAAAACAGAUAACAAUAUUAGCAAUAAUAAAUUGACACUCUCUGCCCCUGAGCGAGCAACAAAAAUGUGUCAUUAUGUUUAACUUAAUUUUAAAAGUCAGACCAAGGACUAUUUGAAUAGUCCGAAGUUAAAAGGACAAGAAAAUAAAUGUUUGAAACACAUUCAGAGCAGCCUUCACUGUUCAAACACUGACCCCGAUAAGAAAACCUGUUAGCAGAAAUGUUACUUGCCCCAUAAAGAUUGACCAACAUAAUUUUCCAGAAUUGCUCAGCUCUGUAGUGAAUCUGUUAUCAAACAACACAGCAAACAAUGUGCAGUGUGUGUGCUGCCUAUAAAUACCUAUAAAUGUCCAGCUGCUCCGGAGGAAAGCGUCGACUUGUUGCUGUCCACUAUGACACCUUGUUUCCCUGCUGUUCUUCAGCACUGCAGCACCAGCAGAAGACGAAUGAAGCCAGCUGACCCAAACUCUGACAGCUGAACAGAUCAACCAGUCCCGACUGCUGCAUCCUACCACAGGUUCCUGCACACCUGCUCUGACUGCCUGCUCAUGCACACCUACGACAACGAAAACCAUUCCCAGAUGUUCUACCUGUUUGACAGGAAGACAACCGUGGCAGCCUCUGAUUUGAACGUCUUCAGGAAACAAGCUGAAUACCUCAAGUUUUCUCUGUCAUCAAAGUUUCAGUACGACACCAGCAAAGCUCCAAAAAUCAACUCCGCACUGUUCUGUCCCUCCACUGUGUCGGUACACCUCAACAGUACCUUCCGCCUGCUCCUCUGCAGCGGGCUCCUCCGCCGCCACUGUGGGUUCCUCCGCCGCAGCCGCCGCGGGAUCCUCCGCUCACUAGGAAGCGCCGUACUAGUCUGCCGCACCGGACCCUAAGCAGCGAGACAACUCCUGGACGUCAGAGAAGUCUGGUCCCGCCACCUGCACCCGACGCCAGAGGGUCACCUUCCCGGACCUGGACAGUGCCUCAGGCAGUCCCGGCACGCUGCUGUCGUGGACGUGCAGUCUCGCUCCACAUACCAACGGUUCUUCUAAAAGCCAAUGCAGAGAAUUACGUGUUUUUGCUCUUUGCAAUUUAAAAAGAGCACAGGAUUUAAAAACACACUGAUAAAACUGAGGCAACCCUUUUAACUUUAAAAGACUAAAACCAGUUAAAAACAGAGCAGCAUCCAGCCACAGACAAUUAACAUGUCUGAGGAUACAGCUGGCCACGUCCUUCCUCACAGGAGAUCCUGUCAGGUAUUUCUGUAGAAACUGUAAACGAAAAGUUGCUGUUCUGCUGGACAGGUGGACAAGGCCCUGGCCCCCCUCCUCUCUUAAUAAAAACAACACAGACUGUGGCACCCAGUGUAGACUGUUCCAGAAAAAAUUUACCAUCUCUGAUUGUAAUUUUACAAGUAAGCCAGAUGGUGGGUCUAUAACAUUGAGUUUGUGUCACAGCUGCGAUGCCAUCGAGGUUGUUUAAAACCAGCACUCUGCCCCUGUAGGACAUCUGGGAGUGGAGCCACUUCCAUUUUGACAAUUUGUUUUUGAUUUUCUGCUUGACGUUUUCCCAGUUUUUAUUUACAAUAACCUUGCUGCCAAAAAACACACCAUACUGUUAGGGUUAAAUCUCAUGUUUAAAGACAGCAGCAGGCAAGAAGCCAAAAACGCUUUAUCUCAGCGAAAGGAGUGAAAAAUGGACUAUCAGUGAAUUCGCAGCUCUACAUUCUAUUUACAGCCUUAUUAGAUGUUGGACAGGUCCGAAAUGCUAAGAAGAAAUAGAUCUGGCUGUUUCAAAUUGAAGUUAGGGCUAAAUCUCAUGUUUAAAGACAGCAGCAGGCAAGAAGCCAAAAAUGCUUUAUAUCAGCGAAAGGAGUGAAAAAUGGACUAUCAGUGAAUUCGCAGUUCUACAUUCAAUUUUCAG